AUGAAUAUUGCCACACCCUCGUUGUCGACGACACAGGUAGAGUCCAUGCCUCUAGGGGAAUUGACAGUAAAGGUACCAUCAUCUUCAAUGAUGUUCCAAUCGGGUAAAAGAAAAAAGAAAACGAAUCAACUCCAUGAAAUUCGAGUCAAAGAAAAACAAAUGAUCGAAGUUCAAAGAAAGAAAUUGGCAUCAAAAAUUGAUCGUGGGCUAGAAAGAAAACGCUUAUCAUCAGCCUUCACCCAUGCUCGAAAAGAGGCGUCAAAUGUAAAUAAUGUAUUCAACAUUAAAUCUCCUAGAGAAUUCUCGACUUCAGCAAUGUCAAAUAACAUUGCAACCAAGGAAGAUGAAGAAGAGCAAGAGGAUGAUGUAUUAUUUGGAAGAAAAUUUCAUUUUGUACAUAUCAUUGACGAAGACGUCACAAUUACCAAAGCAUGUAGUAGAGCAUCAACAGCAACCACAUCUUUGAGAGAAAAACCAUUAAGUCAAACAUAUUUUGUUCCAUCUCUUGUAGAGCUAUGUGCCAGUGCAAUUGCAAACAAUUUUGAACAAAGACCAACGUUUGAAAAGAUUCCAUCAGAACUUCAACAAUUAAUCUCAAAAAAACUUCCUGUAGACCUUCCCUUGCAACUUUCCGUGCCCUUAAUAUCAGACGACGACUAUUGGAAAAAGUGUUGUAUGAUGCGUUGGACUUUGGGUCAAUUAGGUACAUAUUGCAGAAAAAACGGAAAUGAUCUCUUCAUUGAAGAACACCCUGGUCAUGUUGAUGAUGUCAUGAUUAAAGGAAGUUUUAAAAGUAGAGUCAAUGCAAGAAAGAAGAUCUCAAAGGCUUCCAGGUCCAUAACACCAUCAUCCAUGGACAGAAAACCCGAAAAGUCAAAAACUUGGAAACAGUUAUAUUUGGAAAUCAAUUUAGAUGAAUUCUUUGAAACUCUACAACCUCAAAAAACGGUGCUCCAGGAGCUGAAAACAAUUUUUUUGCAACCCAAGCCUGAAGAGAAAACUAUUCAAAAUUCAGAACUAUCUACACUUCGUACACUCCAUCAAAUUAAGCAAACUUUAAAUGAAGAAAAAGCUUUAAAGGAAGAGUUGACCAAUAUUUUACAAGAUCAGCAAAAAAAGAAAGGAAAAAAGCAGAGUCCAACAGAUCAAGAAAAUGCAGUAGAACAACCAGAGGCAGCUUCAAUACUGAACGCUUCUCAUGUCACUGAACACAGACCCGUUAGCCAUAUUCCUAAACAUAAGUGCCUGCAUUCCCAUUUAAUGAGGCCUAAUGUAAAUUAUUAUCUUCUUCACUGUAACACACUUUCAGAGGAAGAACGAGAACAAUAUCCAAUAGACAAAUUCAAAGCCAAGCUAAAAGAUUUGUUUGAUGGUAUUCAAAGCCAAGGUACAAGUAGACUUGCAAAGAUCACAAAAGAUGAUGACAUUUUCACAUUUUAUGAAAGUGCUAUUCAAAGGAAAGAACAAAAGUUUAACACGAGUAAUGAAUCUAAAAUGCAAUAUUGGCUCUUGAAUAAGAAAGAACAGCUUGAGGAAACUGAUGAAGAAGUGCAACAAAUGUUUGAUUUUAUUAGAAAAAAGAAUCAAGAACAUUUGAUGGAACUUUGUGACUUGUCGAAAAACUUUAUCUCUGAGAUUAAUAUUCGAGGUUUAAAGGAGCAUGUGGACCUUCAAGAGUUGUUUGAUGCAUUACCGAAUCUAGAAACAGUGAGAAUGGAAUAUACUGCAAGAAACGUUGGUAUGACCUUUGAUACUCUAAUGCUCGGAAUGAAAAAGAGAGAUUGUCAAAUGCUUGGCAAAAUUCUAAGCGACCCUAAAAAGGCAGUGAAACUUCACAGUUUGAUUCUAUCCGAAAACUUAAUUGAUGAUGAACAAACCAAAAUCAUUACCAGUGGAUUAUAUCAAAACACACGAAUUACAUUUUUGGAUUUUUCUCACAACAAGAUUAGUGUGGAGGGCUGUAAAUCUAUUGCUGCCAUGAUGAAAAGUAACAAGUGUUUAAAGACACUUCUUCUAUCAGACAAUGAAAUUCAGACGGAUGGAGCCUUGUAUAUUGGCUCUGGUUUGAAGUUUAAUAUCACUCUGACAGAAUUGAAUUUAAGCCUCAACAAGAUCAGUGACAGUGGAGCUAUUUCGAUCAUUUCAAACGCUAACCAUCUAUCUCGAUUGAAUCUUUCCAAUAAUGUAAUUACAGAUGAAGGUGUUAUGAAUUUAAUUAACAAAUUAGAAGAAUGUAAUGAAACAAAAGAACACCCAUGCAUUCCAAAAGUAUUGGAUAUUUCUGGAAACUUCCUUUCCUCACAAGCAUGUAACAAACUAAUCGAUCUCUCUGGUGCUUGUCCAUUUAUUGAAAAUAUUGAUGUGAGACAGAAUCAAGACAUCAAAGAAAGGAUUUCUUUAUAA